AGUUGCAUGUUAUCUCGUAUUGUGCCAAUAAUUCGCACGGUAUUGCAACUUCGGCGGAAACGCGCUUUUCAAAAAUUUCCUCCGUUUUUCCACGUGUAGUUUUCGAGUGACAUUUUGAAAGAAUGUGUUUUUGAAAAAUCAUGUGCGUUUGUGAAAAUGUGUUAACGGAGGAAUUAUUGUGGGUGAAUUACAAAAAAAGUAAUUAUGUGUCAGAUUGUGCUAAUACUUUAUAUGUGUUGGAAACAUAAAUUAAAACUGGAUUAUAAUCGAUAACAUGUCCAGCAUUAAGAAAAGCUCAACGAGACGUUCGGAUGAUACCAUGGAUGAUGAUUCCGACGACAAAGACUCAAAACGAAAAUCUCGAAAUUUAAGUGAAAAGAAAAGGAGGGACCAAUUCAAUAUGUUAAUUAAUGAGUUAAGUUCUAUGGUAGCAACAGGAAGUAGAAAAAUGGACAAGUCAACGGUUCUAAAAUCAACAAUAGCUUUUCUAAAAAAUCAUAAUGAAAUAGCAGUAAGAUCUCGUGUCAAUGAAAUUCAAGAAGACUGGAAACCGACAUUUCUCACAAACGAAGAAUUUACGCAUUUAGUGUUAGAAGCUGUAGAUGGUUUUAUUAUGAUAUUUUCGGCGUCGGGACAAAUCUAUUACGCUUCUGAAAGUAUUACCUCGCUUUUAGGACAUUUGCCGAAUGAAGUUCUUAAUACGACAAUAUACGACAUGGCAAAUGAAGAAGAGCAUAGUUACCUUUACAAUAUUUUAAUAACUCCGUCCGAAGAACAGGGUCAAGUCUCAUUUGCAUGCCAUCUCCGACGUGGAGAUUCAGACUCCAAGCAAAAUCCUUCCUUCGAACUGGUUAAUUUUGUAGGAUAUUUUAGAUCUGAUGAAGAUAUGGUGCAAAGUGAUAAUCGGUAUAGUGGAUAUUCAGGAGAAGCAGAUACUAGAUUAGUCUUCGUUGGGACUGGUAAAGUCCAAACGCCUCGCUUAAUUAAAGAAAUGCCAUUAGUAGACUCUAGUAAAAGCGAAUUUACCUCAAGACAUAGUCUAGAAUGGAAAUUUCUAUUUCUAGACCACCGAGCUCCUCCAAUUAUUGGAUAUUUGCCAUUUGAGUUAUUAGGAACUUCAGGAUAUGAUUACUAUCAUAUUGACGAUUUAGAUGAUAUAAUAUCCGGUCACAAAGCUCUUAUGCAAAAAGGAGAGGGCACCUCCUGCUAUUACAGGUUCCUUACAAAAGGCCAACAGUGGAUUUGGUUGCAAACUAGGUAUUACAUUACAUACCAUCAGUGGAAUUCGAAGCCUGAAUUUAUCGUCUGUACCAACCGUGUCGUAAGUUAUGCGGAUAUUAAGCAGACGCGGAAAGAUGAUAAUGUGGUGUGUGUACCUGGACCGUCGCCUGUUUUGGGAAAUGGGGCAGCUACAGCUAACUGGCCUGGAAACAACAAUAACAAGAGCAUCAUCCGUCCUGGGACUGCAUCCGAGUGUACUUCUCUGUCCGCAGAUUCACAAGCGUCAAGGCAAUCAGCAAUGACGCAGUAUUCCGUGAAAUCAAAAUCCAGUUAUGUCAAAGCGGCAACACAAAUGGUGCAACCUCAACAACCACAACCGCAGAUCCAAACUGUACAAACCCCAUAUUCGCAACCGCCACACCAAAAUCAACAGUUUCUAGAACCACCUCAAUACGUAGCCGCAAUUCCCAUGCAACCAGUGGUUCCUGGAUUUUCACCAACGGGAGUUUUGUCGCCUUUACAGCAAUUAGACAACGUCUUGUUGACGCCGACCCAGACACAACUACAGUUGGAUCUUCAAAGAAAACAUGCUGAACUUCAAGCUCUCAUAGGACAACAGCAGGCUGAACUAAGAAGGGUGUCCGAACAACUUCUUAUGGCGAGACUUGGUUUAUUGCCACAAGAUCAAAAUUUUUCGUCUCAGGUGCCUAUGCCAUAUCAAGGAGCGAACUCCGGAGCAGUGAGCAGUACUACAGCUACAGGUAUUCAGUCCAGUAGUGUAGGCUCACCGUCACUUAUAGUACCUGUAAGCAUGUCUUUACCUUUACCUCAGCACCAGCCAAAUAUGUUGUACACUCUCUCGGACAUAAGUGGACAAACGAAAUCGGAGUUUUAGGUGAAUGAUUUAGUGAAAUAAACCAAAGACUUUAAGUGCCGAGUAAGAGGAAAAAGACUUUGGCUCAAUUCGUUAUCGUAAUCCCCUACCUCCAAGACAAACCCCUAAUGUAUGAUAAUAAAUUUAAGAAAAUAGGUAAAUGUAUUUAAAUUUAUUGGUCGCACAAACAAAUUGGUUUUAUUUUCAUUUUUGUUUAUGCAUUCAGUUGACGCAAGUGAAAUAACUGUUAUUAGUUUUUUAAAUUUUUAUUGUCUUCCUUUUAACUGUUUUUUUACUAUUUGAUAAGUGCGAUCUUAUUGACUGUCAAUGAUUUUUUAAUGACGUGUCUUUUGCUAGAAACUUCCUUCCAGUUAACUAUGCUCUUGGAACAAUUUAACUUUUAGAAGUAAUAUUUCAUUUAUUGAAGCAUUUAGAACAUUUUUACUCAUAGCCAAUUGGAAGAAAUUUCUUUUUGAAUACACGUCUUCUACGGCUCUAAGUUACGGCAACUGUGUGACUGAAAAAUAGAUAUAGUUAGAUAAUAAAAAUUUUGCCCACAAAAUAAUUAUAAAUAAAUUAUAGUCCAAAAGGGUAAAAAUUCAGUGCUUUCAUACUACAUUGACCAUAAGUGAGAAAUAUCUACUAUAAAUUGAACCAAAAACCAAGUAACACAACUGUCGUGAACUGUUAACAAAUCUUGUAAAUGGUUGGAAGACAAGUAAGAACAAUGCCAUUUGUUUUUACAUUGUAAUAUAAUAAUAAAAUUUUUUGUAAAUUUUAUUUUUUAACAAGUCUAUGUAUAUAAACUCGAAUAAGCGUUUUUGGAAUGUUGUUAUUCCACUUAGAUAGAAUUUUUUAAAUGUGAUACAAACUAAUACACGUUGUAACUC